AACACGUAACUCAUCGAUAAAAGGAAGGAAAAGACUGACAGUGCCGCAUUUGAAAUUCGCCAAAUAUUGACUGUGAGACAUGGCUUCAAAUCUAAUAUUCUUGUCCGUUUUGCUACUCUCGCUUGAAGGUGGCUUUGGAUCUGAAUGUGCAGCAAUGUCAGAGUGCUGCGGACAAGGACAUAAUUAUGUGGAGCUGUUUAAGUUGUAUCUGAAAAGCGUGAACGGAUACGACGAGCCUCUUUUUGACCGCGUCACAGCACUAGAACGGCUAAUGACCGAACUACAGUCGGAUUUGGAUGCACUGCGUCCAGCAAAUGUUUUGUUCAAGGCCAAAACAUUAAAUGACCGCUCCUUGGCAACCGAUCAAAUUCUUGUAUUCAAUGACGUUAUGUACAACUACGGUAACGGAUAUGAUAGCAAAACUGGCAAAUUCACCUGUCCAAGGAAUGGAACGUAUCUGUUCACUACAAGCAUUUGCAUCAACGGUGGGGAAGCUCUAUAUUUCGUCUUCGAUAUUAUGGUAGAUCAUCAGACCGUGACACGAUCGACUUUUGCCGAACACGUGUCUAUGGGAAGCAAUUGCCACACAGGGGAAGCUAUUGUCAAUUUGGUUGAAAACCAAGAGGUCUAUCUUAAAUACACAUAUACCUCAUGGUCAACGGACGGCAUCCGGGAAGAAGCUCUAUAUCGAUGGAACACAUUUUCUGGGACAAUCCUACAUCCAUGAUGAAAACAAGAGAACACGUGCAUUUCAGGCUCCGUAGUUAAAUCAGUUGCUAUAUAAUAGUUCGACUUUUAAAAAAUAAGUUAUGUUGAUAUUUGUAAAUACUUUUUGUCAUAUUUGCCUUCUUACAAAUCUAUUAUUUCUGUUUUCUGUUAAGAUUCGCAUUUACUUUAAUAAACUUUUCAAACGAUGGA